CCCGUUCUUCCGUCGGUGACCUCUUGUCCCCGGAUGGAGAACAACUCCCAGCUGGUGUUUGUUCUGGGCGGCCUCAACCAGUCUCUGCUGAACCGGCAGGUGUGGUUCGGCCUGGCUCUGACGGCGUACCUGUUCACGCUCCUGGUGAACCUGACGCUCAUCGGUACCGUGGUCCUGGAGAAGACCCACCUCCACCAGCCCAUGUACUUCUUCCUGUGCAACCUGUGCAUGAACGGCAUCUGUGGCGCGUCCAGCUUCUACCCCAAGCUCCUGCACGACCUGCUGGCCGACGCCCACGUGGUGUCGUACGCCGGCUGCGUGGCUCAGAUGUUCGUGGGCUACAGCUACAUCUUCUGCGAGUUCACCAGCCUGACUGUCAUGGCGUACGACCGCUACGUGGCCAUCUGCUGGCCGCUGCGGUACCGGGAGCUGAUGACGCUGCGGAAGGUGGCGCUGCUGCUGCUGCUGACCUGGACCUUCUCUCUGCUGGAGACGGCAGUGGGCCUGGUUCUGGUCCUGCGGCUGCCGCUGUGCGGACACCACAUCUCCAAGAUGUUUUGCACCGACUGGGAGCUGGUGAAGCUGGCGUGUCCGCCGGCGUCCUACAACGACAUCUAUAGCUUCCUGAUCACGGCGCUGCACCUGUCGCAGGCCGCGCUCAUCGUGGUUUCCUACGCCCGGCUGAUCCGAACCGCCACCAGAUCCCGGUCCGACCGCAGGAAGUUCCUCCAGACCUGCGUCCCACACCUGGCCGCGCUGCUGGUCUUCACGGGGUCGCUGCUGUUCGAUGGCGCCUUCUCGCGGUAUGGCGGCACCACCAUCGAGGCGCUGCAGAACGCACUGGCAGCGGAAUUCCUGGUGCUACCGCCGGCCCUCAACCCCAUCAUUUACGGCCUGAACCUGAAGGAGGUUCGGUCCAGGAUCCACUUCGGGUUCAGCAGCAGACCCAAACUCUCCGUGUGACGGUGAGGAGCUCCAAAUGUCUGAACCGGCCUUCAGGGGGACACACCUGUCUGCUGUACUGCUCUGUGAUUGGUUGGUCCUGUGCCCGUUUAUGACCCGAGUUUAGAACGCAAACAGGAGAUCCAGGAGAACCAGAACUUCUGUGUGUUUCUGGAGCAACGAGAGAAACAAACAAGACUGAAAACAUUUCAAAUAUUUAUCUAAAUCCUUUUUAUUUGGUUUCAAUUUUUUGACCUUUUUCCUUCCAAGACGGACUUUUGUUCUCGUUUUAGGACAGAACCGGGUCACCUGCCGAAGAGAAAUCCUCUAUACACCUGCAGGGUCAAAAGGUCAGGGGAGGCCUUACCUGUCUUUAUCCUCACCUGUCACCAUUCUCACCUGUCUUCACGAAUGAAUGAAAUGGUUUAUUUCAAGUAAUCAGGAAUAAUGAAGAAAAAAAAAACAUCACAUUGAAAUACAUCUAGAUUGUUUGAAAGGGAGUGGGAG